GACAACCCACACCCAAAUAUAAUAGACACCCCCAUCUCCCGUUCCUACCCCCUCUUCUUCUUCCCAAAUUAAAUAAUAUGGCAAAUUCAAACUCCACUGCUUCCCCUGCUCUCUAUAAAUCUCCGCUGUUCACCCCUCAACUUUUCAACGCCCUUACAAACACGACCCCAGAAAUGGCCGCAAUGAAGGAGCGGGGAGAUCAGCUGAUGGUGGGCUUGUGGGCUUUGGUGGCUGGAGGAAUAAUGGUGAUGGUCGGUGGGGCCCUCUUGAAGUGGGUUCAGGAGUGGGUGUGCGAGAAGCGGGUUGAUGUAGAUAAGAGGAGGAGGCUGCCGCCGGGGGAUUACGGGUGGCCGGUGAUCGGAAACAUGUUGGGUUUUUUUAGAGCGUUUAAGUCCAAUGAUCCUGACUCCUUCAUUGCCUCCUUCAUUAAGAGAUUUGGCCGUGGUGGAGUAUACAAAGCCUUCAUGUUUGGGAGCCCGACAAUCAUAGUCACAACUCCUGAAACCUGCAAGCAAGUUCUAAUGGAUGACGAACAUUUUGUGCCGGGUUGGCCAAAGGCAACUAAUGAUCUCAUCGGAAAGAGAUCUUUCCUCUUUAUAGUUCGUGAAGAACAUAAGAGACUGAGAAAGCUUACAUCUGCUCCGAUCAAUGGCUAUGAUGCUCUCACCACUUAUCUCGGAUUCAUCGAAGAAAGUGUUGUGAGUACUCUAGAUAAGUGGUCGAAGAUGGGUGAGAUUGAGUUUCUUACUGAGAUGAGAAGGUUAACUUUUAGGAUUAUUAUGCAUAUAUUUCUAAGCUCGGAGAGUGACACUAUAAUGGUGUCGUUGGAGAGGGUGUAUACCGAUUUGAAUUAUGGAAUGAGAGCCUUGGCUAUUAAUCUCCCUGGUUUUGCUUAUCACAGAGCAUUGAAGGCCCGAAAGAAGUUAGUUGAAGUUCUCCAGACGGUUCUAAAUGAAAGAAGAAUGACAAAGUCAAAAGUUUCCUCAAAAGAAAAAGACAUGAUGGAUAAUCUCAUUGAUGUUGAAGAUGAAAAUGGUGCAAAGUUGACUGACGAAGAGAUCAUUGAUAUUUUGAUUAUGUACCUCAAUGCUGGUCAUGAAUCUUCUGGUCAUAUCACUAUGUGGGCUACUGUCUUUCUACAAAAAUACCCAGAAAUCUUUAAAAAAGCCAAGGAGGAGCAAGAGGAGAUCCGAAGGAAUAUUCCACCUACACAAAAGGGAUUAACACUUAGAGAUGUGAGAAAAAUGGAGUACCUCUCUAAGGUCAUCGAUGAGACACUCCGCGUUGUUAACAUUUCUUUUGUUGCUUUCCGAGAAGCAACUGGGGAUGUUGAUAUCAAUGGGUAUAUUGUACCUAAGGGAUGGAAGGUGCAAACUUGGUACAGGACUGUUCACAUGGACCCAGAAGUCUAUCCGAACCCGAAAGAGUUUAACCCAUCAAGAUGGGAUGGACUCACACCAAAAGCAGGAACUUUCCUUCCCUUUGGAGGAGGAAGUAGGCUGUGCCCUGGAAAUGAUUUAGCUAAACUGGAGAUCUCCGUUUUCCUACAUCAUUUCCUCCUUGAUUACCAGCUAGUGAGACGCGACCCACAGUGUCCGGUGAGAUACCUACCUCAUCCGCGGCCUAAAGACAAUUGCAUGGCAAAAAUAAUAAAGGCGGCCAAAACAUCCAUGUAAACUUUGCAGAGAGUAUACAUGUCAACAACCUCAAACAAUUUUCCCAAUAUAAUGAAUUUAGAGGCCUUGUUUAUC